CUGUAUUUGUUGAGCUAUUUUAACGAGGUCAUGCUCUAUCGAAGCCAUGCUUCACAUAUGCUCAGAUGGCAGGCACAGGCUUGGCUUUGCAGAAGUCUGUCGCGAAGCCGCGCGUCCACUUCGACACCUGCCACUUCGUCCACUUCUCUUCCAGAGCUAGGUGGCACUACUUCAGUGGCGCCUCGCGAAGAGACGACUUCAGUGGCCAUUCCUGGACCAUCGAAGGUGUCUGAUAUUGUCUUCAAAGGUGCUCUGGACGAAGACCUCAAGGGUGGUGCCAGACAUGCCCCCGUGGUGUCACGCCUCUGGAGCAACGUUCCAGUCCACGCCGGGCACCGCAGGGCUUCGAUUCACCGUGCUCCGCUGAGCGUCGACCGCGAGCGUCGACCGCGUCGUGAGGUCAGAGAAUCCUUCAAGGCGCCAGCAACCUUGGAUGAAGCACCAACUCCUUCGUCGCCCUUGUUGGUGGAUCGUGUGCUGUCCGGGGUGAAGCAAUUGGCUGCCCGGUCUGGUUUGGCUCCAGCGCAUUGGGCCUCCGACGUCGCGAGGCCCUACUACGGCGGCCGGAUUCCGCUGGCGCCGUACCAGAAGGGCCAAACGGCAGCUUACAACUAUCCGUCAAUCCUAGUGCCACGUGAGAUGGCACACCGUUUUCCCUUUGACAUGUACGUGGACCCGGUCUUUCAGACCUCAGACCCCACGGAGCGCAUCAAAAUGAGGGGAUUCACCCUUUUUACUCGCCUGCAGAACAAGACCACUCUCUUGUUGAUCUUCUCUGGACAACCGCUGAGUGGCCUUUGGACGGGUCUUCAGCAGUGGCUUGAGUCGGUGGGUGAGGAGUUCACGUCCUUGCCCAAGACCCAGGUCUUCAAGUUGCACUGUGAAGAAGGCUGGUUCAAUCGUCGGACCCAUCAGCUCACCAAGUUCCAGUUGCGGCGCCAGGACUUGGCGUUGGACGCCUGGGUGGAACAGGUCAGCCGUGCGAGUCAGAAGGGUGAGGCUUCAACCAUCGCUGAGCUGCGAAAGAUGGCGAAGUUCUUUUCCCAUCACAGCCAUGGACCUUUUGCUGCAUGCAGUGGAAGUUGGGUGGGAGCAGAUGAGUUCCAUUGUGAGAGGUACUACCAGGACUGGGGACAGGUGAAUGUGGAACCUGAACGAAGCGCAUCAGCUUUGCUGGUUCACACGGAGACCUUCUUGGUGAGCUUUGACAUGACAAAGCCGUUUAAGGUCAAGGCCAUCAUCUCAUUGCUGAGCAAUUUGUUCACGGUGGUGGUGAUGCUCUUCUUCGGGGUCGCCCUCUCACAAGUCGUGACCGAUUUGGCGGUCACGCCACUGGAGCGCAUGCUCGGGACCGUGAGAGAAAUCGCCGCCACCGUCUUCAAGUUCAGUUCGCUGAUGGUCGGACAAGAGGAGGAGGAAGGUCAAGAGGGUCGCUUGGAAGAUUCUGCGGAGAUCGACAACGCGGGCGAGAUGAUCCUCUUGGAGAAGGCGGGGCUGAGCGAAGUGAUCCCAUGGGGCAGUGGAUGUUUGGAGAAAGACGACUUGGUGGGAUCGCUGGGCGUUUGA